GAUGGUGUUGCGGCAUCCCCUGAAUGGGCGCCUGGCAUUGUACGGCUUUAAUGGCGGUACGUGCCGAGUGCUCUCGAAAGAGGCAACAGUCACAGCUGAAGAGCUGGAUAGCUACGAGCUCGAUGCCACCGAAGACUCCUCCGUGCAGGAGCACUGGCGAUCCUUGCUGCCCUUCGUGACAUCCUCUGAGUUCACCAUCAAAUGGGAGUGGACACCUGGAGACCUGGUUCUUUGGGACAACCGCUGCACAAUGCAUUGUGCAACAGGC